GUCGCUUCCAUUCCACAAGUGGCAGUCGACGUCAACGCGUUUCCGGUGCUCAGUUUAUCAACGGAUUCAACGCAAUUUGGUCGUCGCGAGUGACUUUGUUUCGAAUUAAAAGAAAAAAUAGCACAAUUUUUCAAAUAUACACCUAAUAUAUAUAUUAAGAGAUAUCAGAAAUUCUAUAUAAUUUGCAGGCGCAAGCAAGCAAUUUGAGAAAAAUAUGCAUAUAAAAUGCAAAAUUAUUCAGUGAAAUGUGUUUGUGAAUAUGGCCAAGAUGAUUGGGAAAAUGUUUGAUACGCAUAUUUCCUAAAGUUGAUGAAAAUUGUGAUUAUUCCACUCAGUUGUGCACGAAUUGUAUAUAAUUAUCGAUUCAUAUAGUCAAUAACAAUAUUGAAAUUCAGUUGAAUUACUUUAUUGACACAAUGGACGCCACUCAACUCACCGAGCUGAUGGGCAGUCACGAUUUCAUGCAGUUGCAGCAGCAGUUGCAGCACAACAACAACAACUACAACACCGAUGGCCACAAUGGUCUCUCGCCGGAGUCUGUGGAGCGCAGCUCCAGACCUGUACGACGCGCCACACGACGCACCUCACAGCUAAGCAAUAACACCUACGAUCUGGAGAUGACCGAUUCCAGUUCGCAGAGCGACGACACGAGCGGCGGCGGUGGCAGCAGCAACGGCGGCGGCAGCAGCACCAACAACAACAGCAGCAAUCAGCUGGGCCCCGCGCUGGGCGGACAGCGUCCCUCGAGUCGCGGACGGCAGCAGAAUGGCGGCAAUCUAACGGCCAAUGGCAGCAGCAACAACAACAACAACACUCGUCGCCGCAAAGGCGCUUUAAAUGCCAAAGAGCGAAAUCUACGCCGACUCGAGUCGAACGAACGGGAACGCAUGCGCAUGCACAGCCUGAACGAUGCAUUUCAAUCGUUGCGCGAGGUCAUUCCGCACGUGGAAAUGGAGCGACGUCUGUCCAAAAUCGAGACCCUGACGCUGGCCAAGAAUUACAUUAUCAAUCUGACGCACAUUAUACUCUCGAAGCGCAAUGAGGAAGCCGCCGCCAUGGAGCUGAAUGCCGGCGCUGUUGGCGGCGUGCUGCUGACGAAUUUGACAGCCGACAGCAAUGUGGUCGCUGCUGCCACUGGCGCCAGCAAUGGCUUGUGCUUUGACGAUGCUCUGACUACUGCCGCAGGCGCAGGCGGUGGCGGCGGUGCCUACGACUGUGCGCUACUCGCUGCCAGCGAUGGCAGUCUGCUGAGUGCAGCAACGAGCGCCAAUGCCAUGCAACCUCUGCCCAUGCACAUGCACGCCGACCAGCAUCAGCAGCAGCAACAGCAGCAGCAACAACAGCAACAGCAACAACAGCAGCAACAGCAACAGCAGCAACAGCAUUUGCCACACCAUCAUCAUGCCCAACAGCCGCAAAUGUUGCACUCACAUGCGCAUCUAGGCAACAACAUGUUGCUGCCACAACAGCAGCAGCAACAGCAACAGCCGCCGCAGCAACCUACGCUCAUACUCAAUGGUGGCACCACUUUAAAUGUGGGUGGCGUUGCUGUCGCUGUCGCUGUGGGUGGCUCCGGCAAUGUGGGCGUGUCUGGGGGCGUGGGCGUGUUUCCCGAUGUCAAUGAUAAUUUCGAUGAGCCCUUUCGGGAGUUUCUCUAAACAACCGGGAAUGGGGCUAAUUAUGUAGGUCUGUGGUAAAAUGGAUAUAAGUUCACAAAAUAGAAUUUAUAGCAUAUAUUAUAUCCAAAAUUAAACAAUGGGAUUAUAUAAAUAAUUAAUUGAAAAUAAUUAUGUAAAAUAUUAAUUAUGUCAAAAAAAAAAAAAAAAAAACGUUUAAGCAACAAGCCAGAGUAAAUAGUAUACAAAAACAGCAUGACUUCAAAGGGAGCAACAGCUUUAAGUCAAGUCAAAGAGCGGGUUAUUGAAUCUUAACUAGCGGUCAAGUUCAAGUAAAAACUGCUCAAAAUGCUGUUAAACAUAGCAACACUAAAUUCUUGGUUUGAAUACAACUGUAAAAGUUAGCAUGCGUUUUAACAUGAUGUUAAUUUGAGUAUUUCCAGAAGAUUUUUGGACUUGUUCAAAAAACCUCAAUAAUAGGUGUUUUGUUUUAUUAAGUUGCAAAAAUAAAAACUUUGUAAAAUUAAAAAAAAAAAAAAAAAAAUUAUAAUAAUAAUAGUAAUGCCAAUAACAAAGCCGACCGUUGUGGUGCAAAUUUCAAAUACAUACGCAAUUAUUCAAAGUUGUUAAUAUACAAUAAUAUAUUAUAAUAUAUUAUAUAUACCUAUAUAUAUGUAAUACUUUAAGCUUAAAUGUAAUAAAUAUUAUUUAGAAAUGUAGCUCAGAUUAAAAACGCAACAGAAACGGACGAAUGCAACACGAAAAAUAAAUGAAACAAACAAAGUUGAUUAGCAUAGCAAAACUGAAACGUGUGAAUGAAACAGGAAAUACGUAGCUCAUAUAUUUCUAUAUAUGUAUAUAUACCAAUAUCUAUAUAUUUACGCAUUAACAAUUGGCAGCAAUAGCAACAACAAAGGCGCAGCAUCAAUUAACGCUAAAUGACUGUAGGUUGGGGACGUGUUAAGUAGAUGUAGAAUGAUGCCACAAUGGCGACCCAAUGCGACGCCAGGAAUGGAACAGCUAGAGCGACGCGUCGCUUAGUUAAUUUACCACCCAUGAUCCUUUUAAUGCACUUGAAAUUUAGUGUUGUUGGAAUAGCCAACAUUGGCGGGGGUGGCAAUGCGGCAGGAGCAGCAGCAGGAGCAGAGCAGGGGGCUGGGCACAGCAAUUAACACACUAAAACCGUUGAUAGCGGACCCAUUGAAAUUGGCACACUUCCGUUGGUGCGUCGCGUCGCAGGUUAGAAAGAGACGGCGCAUAGAUGACGUGCGUACGGUAAACACUAAUGAAAAUAACGGUGCCCAAUGGGUGGUGUGUGUAUGUGGGACUUAGCAAUAAUUAAGUGAAAAAUAGUAUUUAGGGUGGAUGUCAACUUAAGCUUGUUGAUUAUGUUUGAUUAGUCAAGAUUUAGUCAAGUUAAAUGGGAUUUGGAGAGAGCUGCUCAAAUGCUCAACUUUAGUUGGUUUUUCGACUUCGAAUUCCAUGUAGUUGUAAGUCUAAUACGAAACGAUAUCGAUAUUUAUUUGUAGACAAGCGGACAAACAGGGCUGUAUUUCGAAAAACAAACAAAAACAACGGAAAUUGAACGAGUUCUUCUAGUCAAAAUCAGUAAAACAAACUUUAACAAACCCAGUAUACCCUGAUUUCCUAUUUUCAAUGGGUUCAAGGUAUAAAAAAAAUGCAAUAUAGGCGAGUAGUUUAGUUGUGUAGUGAAUUAUUAAGCUAUGUCUAUUAUAAAUCAAAUAAAAUACAAUUUAUAAAAUAAAGAAAUAUUGUGAAAGAAUACUUGAAAUACUUCUGUUAGUUUCAAUUUAUAUGUAUUGUAAUGUUAAGGAUUUGGUCUAAAUGAGCAUUUGGUGUGUACAAGAAAAUAUUAGGACGUACUUGCACGUACAUAAAUAUGUACAUAUAUGUAUGUACCUACAUACAUAUACAUAUAUACACACAAUUCUAUAUAAAUCUGUAAUUGGUAUAUAUGUAUGUGCAUAUAUUCCAGUUAAAUUUAUGUAUCAACACUGUAUAGAGCAUUAAUGAUAUCUAACUGAGCCUAAAUAAUUCAAGUUUAUUUAAUAAAGUCAUGAAAUAAUUGCAUGUAUUUCAAAUAUUUG